AUGAAACUUCAAAACAUCAUAUUUUCGAAGGAUAACGUCUCUCUCUCUCUCUGUGAUCCUCGUGCGAUGGCAAUGGCGUCUGCUCCCAAGCAGCCUCAGCAACAUCCUUCUACUUCCAAACCCCCUCGGCACCCUUCUUCCGCCGCAGCCGGAGAAUCCCAAAUUCUGAACCCUAACCCUAACCCUAGCACAAGCCUCUUACCGCCGAUGGCUAAUUCGCCGAUUACGAUGGCACGGGAGGAUCAGAUCCUCGCGCGCUCCACUCACCUCACACGCACGGAGCUUCUCCGGCGCCGGUCGCACCACCUGAAGCAGCUUUCCAAGGUCUAUAGAGACCAUUACUGGGCUCUAAUGGAGGAUCUCAAGGCGCAGUACAGGGAGUAUUACUGGAGGUUUGGCGUUAGUCCUUUCAAGGACGAACAGAAUCAGCCAAACAAGAGACCGAGGCUGGGGCCCGAGGGUGAGACCGGUGACGGUGAUCCCGUGGAAGGAUGUGGAGAAAACGGGAAUAACAAUGGUGGCAGUAAUGGCGUCACAAGCGAUCCGCAUACAAAGAGCUGUUCUCGGUGCUCGUACGGGGGCUGUAAGUUUAAGGCCAUGGCACUCACGAAUUUCUGUCACCUGCAUAUUGUCAAUGAUAAGAAGCAAAAGCUCUACAAGGCGUGUGAAUACGUCAUCAAAAGAGCUCAAUCAGGACCAAUAACUUGUAGCAGGCCAACACUUGCAUCAACUGUUCCUUCACUGUGUAAUAUGCAUUUCCUGAAAGCCCAAAAGCAUGUUGCUCGCGCUUUGAAAGAUGCUGGUCUAAAUGUUUCUUCAUCAAGCAAGGUUCCACCAAAGUUCCAUGUCAUAAUUGCCGCGUUUGUACAUCACAUUCAAGGAAAACGAAAAGCUUCGGUGAAGGAGGAUAAACUGAAAAGUGUAGUAAAAGAAGAACAUACAAGCUGAAUCCAGCAAUGAGUGUGUGCUGAAGUAAUUUAUUGUGCAGAAAUGUAAGCGUUUAUGGCAGAAUAACAUUGCAAUCUCUUGCUCUGGUGUGACCAUCUUAUCCAUUAUCUACGGGGGGUUAGCAGGAGUGGACAGCCCAGUGCUUUUGUUUAACCAUGGAAGUAUCCACUGUGCCUGCCACUUUGGCCGUGGUUAAGCCACAAGCAACAUAAGCAUUAGGAUCUGUUGUUAGAGAUGAAGUGCUAUGCAGAUUGGCUCGGAUUCAUUAAUCGUGAUUGGUGGAAAAGUCGCUGCGGUUUAUAGUCUGCAACUGGGGAGAAAAGAACUGCGACUUUGACAGUGUGUGAUGGUGGCAGGCAGUUGUGCACAACUUAGAAGAGAUAGUCAGGCGAACUGUAUGCUUCUAAAUCUUGUGACAAACUUGCCUCAGCCUCAUUGUACGCAUUUUCCAUCUUUGAAUCAAUUCAUGAAAUGAGCCGUCUUUCCAUAAGCAAAAGCAUAUUCUUUGUUAUGGUCCUGUCCAUUUUUUGCUGUGUUCUUCAAACGUUGAACACAAACCCGAUUAAGGGAAAUCUGAUGAAACAGCCCUUGUCUU